CGAGACUGGACAUUAUGAUUUGGAUAAAGAAGCUAAGGAAGCAGAAGCUAAACGUAAAUUAAUGAUGGUAAAUAAAAAGUUUGAAUCUUUGGGAGAGACGAAAUACACUUUGGCGAAUGAAUUUUAUACGGAGGAAGAAGUCAUCCAAUUCCGUCGUCUUAAGAAGAAAAAAACUUCAAAGAAUUCCCGUAAAAAAGCAUUAAAAACAGCAGAAUUGGAACCUUUGGAAGAAACUGAAGAAGAGAAAAAAAUUAGAGAAGAAAAAUUGGCUGCUAGGAGAGCUCAACAAGAAAUGGGGGAAGAGGGAGGAGGAAAAUCUUUUCGUGAUACAAUGAAGGAAUCGAAUGGUUCUUCAAAAGUUGUUCGUUCUGUUGUGAUGGAAGAGGGUGAAAUUGUUGAAAGUAAAAAAGAGUUAAAACAAUCAAAAGAUUCCAUUGCCAUGCCUCCCCCAGAUCAGACAAAAUGGAAAAAACCGAAAGUUAAUGUUGAUGUUAAAAUGUUGGAUAUAUUAGCUGAAAAAAUUAAAAAGAGAGAAGAGGAGGAGGACGAUGAAGAAGAAUUUCUUCCUACCAAUGUCGCACCAAUACAAAUAGAAGACGACGAUGCUAGUGAAGAAUUAAAUGCAAUUUUGGCCAAAGCUCGUUUACUAAAAAAUUCUGAAAAAAUUGUUAAAAAAGAGGUUACUUAUUUUGCGUCAGACAGCAGUGAUGAUGAAGAUAUGGAAGAACAAAAAAAUUCGAAUGCAAUAAUUUUUGACGCCACAUCAGAAAAAUACAAAGCUAUAGGGGGUGGAGGUUAUGGAAAUGAUCAACAGAUGAACAAAAAAAUUGUAAAAACUGAAAUUGAGGAAGAAAUGGAAAUUGGGAGUGAAAUAGCUUCGAGUAGUUUGAAAAAAGAAUUUUUAAAAAGGAGAAGAACUGAUAGUGGGUCUAGUGGAGAAUUUGAAAGAAUGGAUGAGGAGAGAGAUGGGGAUGGAUCUGAUAGUGAUGAGGAAAAAUAUUCAGCAACCAAAAAUUAUUCAAAUAUUUUGGGAGAAGAAAAGGAUGUUACUAAAGGUGUAGCAGCAAUGUUGAAACUUGCUGGACAAAAGGGAUAUUUAGAAUCUGUAAACAAAAAACGUCAUGGAGAAGGGUCUUUAAAACAUUUGGAAAGUAAAAGAUACUCAAAAGUCGAGCAAGGACGUUAUGACAUUGAAGACAAAACUAUGAGAAAAUUGGAAAGGAUGGGGACUACGGGGACUGGUCCAACUAGACCAUUUCCUGAGAAGACUGAUUACACGCCUAAGAUUGAAAUAAAUUAUUCUGACAAAUCUGGACGUGUUUUAGAGCCUAAAGAAGCAUUCCGUGUAUUAUCUUGGAAAUUCCACGGAAAAGGUCCUGGAAAGAAACAAGGGGAAAAACAUAAAAUGAAAGUGGACAAGAGGGAGAAAUUGAAGAAAAUGAAUUCUCAAGACACUCCUUUGGGUACACUCAACAAACAAUUGAAAAAACAAGAACAACUUUCUUCUGCCUAUCUUUUAUUAAGUGGAAGGGGAGAUGCUGCUCCCCUCCAAAAAGAAUAAUAAUUAUA